AUGACCUAUUGAAUUGGAACGGAGGGAGUAGAUAGUGACGCAACAGUCGAUUGGGCCCCUCGAAAAAACAAAGGGUCCCACACUCUCAAUAAUUAUACUAACUAACUGAUUAACCAAUCAUUGUUGCAGCUUUGUUCAUAUAGCUCUUCCUGUCCAUGAUCAGAGCCACCCCUUCUUGCAAGAACCUAAAAUGGUGCAAGAAAGCUGAAAAUCAAUCAAACCUUAAUCAAAUCAAAAACCACAAGUGUAAACAAAAAUGAGGCCUCACCUCCUCUUCCUCAUCCCACUCUUCUUCUACUGUUCCAUUGCUUUUCAUUCUGUUCUUGCCUCCACCAAUGAGCUCUCAUCUCUUCUACAGAUCAAAUCCACCCUCAUUGAUCCACUAAACCAGCUGCAAAACUGGCAAGAGAACUCAACAGAUUCAGACAAAGCCACCUCACCACAAUGCCGUUGGGCCGGCAUCCUCUGCAGCGAAGAAGGCCUCGUAGUGAAGCUGGACCUGUCCAGCAUGAAUCUCAGCGGCGUCAUCUCCGGCCACAUUCAACAUCUGAGCAGCCUCGCGGAGCUCAAUCUGUCGAACAACUCGUUCUCGAGUGAGCUCCCGAGGGCCUUGGGGAACCUCACCUCACUCAGAAGCAUUGAUCUGAGCCAGAACAGCUUCGUGGGGAGGUUCCCACCGGGGCUCGGAGCCUCCCCGGGGCUGCAGAGGCUCAACGCCUCGAGCAACAACUUUGAAGGCUUGCUUCCAUAUGAUCUAGGCAAUGCAUCUUCUUUGGAGAGCUUGGAUUUUAGAGGAAGCUUCUUUGAAGGUUCAAUUCCUUCAUCUUUCAAGAAUCUGAAGAAGCUGAGGUUUUUAGGCCUCUCUGGGAAUAACCUGACCGGGAAGAUCCCGGUCGAGGUGGGGCUAAUGGAGUCGUUGGAGACAAUCAUCAUCGGAUACAACGAGUUUGAGGGCGGGAUUCCGAGGGAGCUUGGUGGUUUGAGGAAUCUUCAGUAUCUGGAUUUGGCUGUGGGAACUUUGAGCGGUGAGAUUCCUAAGGAGUUGGGGAAUCUGAAGAAGCUCACAACUGUUUACUUGUAUCAGAACAGGUUUGUGGGGAAGAUUCCACCUGAGAUCUCCGGGUUGGAAUCUGUAACCUAUUUAGAUCUCUCAGACAACCAGCUUUCAGGUGAGAUUCCUCAUGAGGUGGCUGAGCUCAAGAAUCUGAAGCUGCUGAAUCUCAUGUGUAACAACUUGAGUGGUGAGAUUCCUCAGAGGAUUGGUGAGCUGAGGAAUCUUGAGGUUCUUGAGCUGUGGAGGAACUCUCUUACAGGAUCUCUGCCUUGGAAUCUUGGGAAAGAUUCCCCUCUGCAAUGGCUGGAUGUCUCAUCUAACUUCUUAUCCGGUGAGAUUCCACCUACUCUGUGUGAGCAGGGGAAUCUCACUAAGCUGAUCCUGUUCAACAACUCCUUCUCCGGUGGCAUCCCGGGGAGCUUGGCGAACUGCUCGUCCCUCGUUCGCGUUAGAAUCCACGGGAACCGCCUCUCGGGUUCCAUCCCCUUAGGCCUCGGAGCUCUGCCUGAGCUCCAACGGCUGGAGGUGGCCACCAACAAUCUGAGUGGCGAAAUCCCCCCGGAUUUCGCCCUCUCCCCUUCUCUCUCCUUCAUCGAUCUCUCGAGGAAUCGCCUCGAUUGCUCGUUGCCCUCGAGCCUCCUCUCCAUCCCCACUCUCCAAACAUUCAUGGCUGCAUCAAACAGCUUCUCGGGGGAGAUCCCUGAUGAGUUCCAAGGCUGCCCUUCUCUGUCCGUCCUCGAUCUCUCCCACAACCGUUUCUCCGGCGUGAUCCCGAGGAGCGUCGCCUCGUGCCAGAAGCUAGUCAACCUGAACCUCGGAAGCAACAACUUGAGCGGAGAAAUCCCAAGAGCAAUAGCCACAAUGCCAACUCUCUCCAUUCUUGAUCUCUCACAGAACUCCCUCGUGGGGAGGAUACCUCAGGAUUUUGGGAGCUCCCCUGCUCUCGAGACGCUCAAUGUCUCCCACAACAACCUCGUGGGCCCCGUCCCGAGCAACGGGAUCUUGAUGACGAUCAGCCCGGAUGACCUAGCCGGCAACCCCGGCCUCUGCGGUGGAGCAAUGCUCCCACCUUGCUCACAUCCCCUGAUCAGCAGCUCUUCACAUAGUAGUAGCAAGGCUCAUUUGAGGCAUGUUUUGGUCGGAUUCGCAGUCGGAAUCUCUGCGAUUUUCGUUGCCGGAGCAAUCGUUUUCAUGAUAAGACAGAUGUAUAGGAAGUGGUAUCUAUGCAGCUUCACAGAUUUGUUCAGGAAAAGCAGCUCAGAAUGGCCGUGGAGGCUGGUGGCAUUCCAGAGGCUAAACUUCACGAGCGCGGAGAUCUUGGCCUGCGUGAAGGAGGCGAACGUGAUAGGCGUGGGCGGGACCGGGGUCGUGUACAAGGCCGCGACGCCUCAAAGGCCGCACGCAGCCAUAGCGGUGAAGAAGCUGUGGAGGCCAUCAUCAUCGGAGGCGAGCGAUGUGGAGAGCGGCGACGAUCUGUUUGCAGAGGUUAACAUUCUGGGCAAGCUGAGGCACCGGAACAUAGUCCGGCUGCUCGGGUACCUCCACAACGAGGCCGACGUGAUGAUGCUGUACGAGUUCAUGCCCAACGGGAGCCUCGCGGCGGCGCUGCACGGGAAGGAGGCGGGGAGGGUGCUGGUGGAUUGGGUGUCGAGGUAUAAUGUGGCGCUGGGCGUGGCGCAGGGGCUAGCGUACCUGCACCACGACUGCCACCCGCCGAUCAUACACAGGGAUGUGAAGUCGAAUAACAUCUUGCUGGACGCGGAUUUCGAGGCGAGGAUCGCGGAUUUCGGGCUGGCGAGGACGAUGAUGCACAAGAAUGAGACGGUCUCCAUGGUGGCUGGAUCGUAUGGCUACAUUGCACCAGAGUAUGGAUACACACUCAAGGUAGAUGAGAAGAGCGACAUAUACAGCUAUGGAGUAGUCCUGCUCGAGCUCCUAACCGGGAGGCCGCCAUUAGACCCUUCAUUCGGGGAGUCGAUCGACAUAGUCGAAUGGCUACGACGAAAAGUGAAGAGCAAGGCCAAGUCAGAGGCAGCAUUGGAUCCAGACAUUGCAGGGCAGUGCAAGCAUGUGCAGGAGGAGAUGAUUCUUGUGCUCAAGAUUGCUCUCUUGUGCACCGCUAAGCUCCCCAAGGAGAGGCCCUCGAUGAGAGACGUGGUCACGAUGCUCGGGGAGGCGAAGCCGAGGAGGAAGAGCAUCUGCCAGAGUUGGGGAUACACUGCUAGCAAGGAGAAGCUCAUAUUUGCACACUCACCGGUUAUAGGCCUUUUGUAGUUUUCUUUUUAGCAGUGAAGACUUCUUGAGUUUAUUUGGAAUGCUUUUGAAGUUAGAUAGAGUUGUAAAGUUUUUUUUUUGUAUAUGUUGGUUUUCACCUUCUUGUGUUUGUGGGAACAAGGGAAGGAAGCAUAGUGUUUAUACAAGGUAGUUUUUCCUCUU